AUGGCUGGCUGCAUCUUGCUGCUCCGGGGCUUCAUCCUUAUCCUCGUCCUGCACCAGGUGGAGCUUUCAGUGUUUCUUCCAGCCUCGAAGGCAAACAACGUUCUAGUGAGAUGGAGGCGGGCCACUUCUUACUUCCUGGAGGAAUUCUUCCAGGGGAACUUGGAGAAGGAGUGUUAUGAGGAAAUCUGCAGCUAUGAAGAAGCAAGAGAAGUGUUUGAAAAUGACGUCAGCACGAAUGAGUUCUGGAUACAGUACAGUGGUGGCUCACUGUGUGUCUCCCAGCCCUGCCUCAACAACGGGACAUGCGAGGACCACAUCAGAAGUUACAGUUGCACGUGCACCCCCGGCUAUGAGGGCAAGACCUGUGCAGUGGCUAAAAAUGAGUGUCACCUAGAGAGGACGGAUGGAUGCCAGCAUUUCUGCCACCCAGGGCAGUCAUCCUACGUGUGCAGUUGUGCAAAGGGCUACAAGCUGGCCAAGGACCACAAAUCGUGCAGUCCAAGUGACAAUUGUGCAUGUGGGGCCCUGACUUCUGAACACAUCAGGAUGACAAAAAGCUGCCAGAGUCUGCCCACCUUCCCAUGGCAGGUCAGAUUAACAAAUUCCGAAGGAGAGGACUUCUGUGCCGGCGUGUUACUACAGGAAGACUUCGUGUUGACAACAGCAAAGUGUUCGUUACUGUACAGCAACAUCAGUGUAAAAGCAAAUGCUGACCUGAGGAUCGGGAUCAAGAGCGUUCAUGUGCACAUGCGAUACGACGAGGAGUCGAGGGAGAAUGACGUCUCACUGCUGGAGCUGGAGAAGCCCUUGCAGUGUCCCAGCUCAGGGCUCCCUGUUUGUAUCCCAGAGAGGGACUUUGCAGAGAAUGUCCUCAUCCCUAGAACGGAGGGUCUCCUCAGCGGCUGGCUGCUCAAUGGCACAGACCUGGCUACCACCCCGAUGAUGCUUUCAGUCACACAAGCAGAUGGGGAGGAAUGUGAACAGACCCUGAAUGUAACCGUCACCACGAGGACAAGCUGUGAGAAGGGCAGUGUGGUGAUGGGGCCUUGGGUGGAGGGAAGUGUGGUAGCCCGCAAACACAAGGGCACCUGGUUCCUCACGGGAAUCCUAGGCUCCCCACCACCAUCAGGGCAAUCACGCAUGCUCCUCCUCACCGCAGUCUCAAGAUACUCCAUGUGGUUUAACCAGAUCAUGAAGUAG